AUGAUGGGGUUUCCAAUUGUUUUUCCCUUCCACACCACUGUAAACUCUGCUUCAAGAACCACACUACAGGAUAUAGAAAAGCCAUUCCAGCUUCAUCACCAAAAGAAGAGAAUGGCCAUGGCCAGUGCAACAACUCCAGCCACAAUCACUGUUGUGGGAAGCUCAAGUGUUGGCAGCACAAGGAGAAGGGAGAGGACUGUGCAGUUCAUCGGAGGGAUCAAUUCUUUUGGGGGGUUGAAGGCUCAGAACAGUGUGACAUCAUUAGGCCUCCCUGUGUGCACUGAGCAGUGCUUUGCAAAGGUGGUGAGCUCAUUGAAAUAUCCAUCUAAUGGCAGAAGAGGAGGUGCUGCCUCCUCAACAUGCAAUGCUGCUGGUGAGAUUUUCCAAAUUGCUGCCAUCAUGAGUGGGCUUGUUCUUGUUGGGGUUGCAGUAGGAUUUGUCCUUCUUCGAAUUGAAGCAUCUGUGGAAGAGGCUGAGUGA